GUGAAUCCGUACGGACUUUUGUCACUCGCUUGUCGGAGUCUGUUUAUGAAUUUUGAUUGAACAAAAAAUGGCGUGGAUGUUUUGCGGCCACCACAAACAGAUAAAUGCUGUUUUCAUUUUGAUAAUCUGUUCAGUGGUAGAAGCGCAAUAUGAUGCAUCAGACUACAUCAUUAAUGUGGAUUUUGUUUGUCCCAAAGAAGCAGAUGGUACAAUGCAGAUUACAGUAGAAACUGACAUACCGGACACUCUACCUUUUGCCUACUGUCGUGAUCCCUUUACAUAUUAUUAUAUGGAAAUUAAUGCAAAUGAUAACUAUGUGAUAGAUGUUAGUUUUAGUGGAGCUGACCUGGAUGGAUGCGUUUUCACGAAAGCCGAGAGUGGUGAGAUUUAUACCCUGGAGGUGUAUGUUCCGCUAGCAGGUGGUAUUUUUACAUCUGAAGAUUUGCCACAUCUAGUAAUGUGUUCGUUUGAAGAUACUAGCCAAGAAAUAUCAGACUCGACAAUUUUCUCAGAUUCAGCUCAACCUAUUGAAGAGUCGCUCCAUACUAUGGGUAAAGUGGGUGAUUCCAAUGUAGAUCUGUAUUUAGAAAAUAUUCUACAAGAAAGGGUUACUGCUGGAGUGGCGUUGGGUAGUUCAAUUCGUAUUGUAGCAGAACUAAAAGGUGACAUUCCUGGUGAAGAGAGUUUUCAGGCUAUAUCUUGUAAAGCAGUAUCAAAUAAUGACGAGUAUGCUUUACUUCUUGGUGGAUGUGGAGAUGGUAUUAUUGUGGCCAGAAACAAAGGUUUUAAGACAGAAGGCAAAAAGGUUACCAGUCCAUAUUUUCGCUCUUUUCGUAUACGAGGAUCCAAAACUUUAUCGUUUGACUGUACGUUUGCGCUUUGUAAGAGUAAUUGCGACGGGGAUUCUUGUCCUAAUGCCUCUGUGAGAAGACGAAGAGAAGUGAGAUAUGUGAGAGUUCUUCCCAAUGGCAAAACUAAAUGGUUAUCAAAAGAUGAUAUAUUAGUCACUGAUAACAACCCCGAAAUCGACAAUGAUAUCAUACAGUCCAGAUCUAAUCAUAGCAGCUCAAAUAUUCAACUGUCCACAUCACAAAUAAGACUAAGCGAAAAAACGGAGCGAUUACCAGAAAGCUUCCUUAAAUUAGCUCAAAGCGACGCAAGCAUAGGUAAAGCCGAAACAAAGAUUGAUUUUAACGAUGAAUCCCUGGUAGGAGAUUGGGAUGACAUGUUUAAAUCAAACUCAAAGCCGUCUAUGGUCCCGAAAACAUCAACUUUACAUGAUGAUAUAUCACCACCACAAUUGACGAAACGUGUUGAUACCAGUAUUUGGCUCAUUCUUGGCAUCAGUGUUGGAUUCAGUGUGUUUCUGGCUAUAAUUAUGAUAGCAAUGACACGACGAGUUCUCGCCCUUCUUCAAUCUCUUGUCACCAAGUCAUUACCAACAGCAGACGCACCACCAUCAUCACCAUUAACAACUAUGGACAGUGUAUCUGUUGUUAAAAAUAUAUAAAAUUUAUUUUAAAAAC